AUGUUACGACGAGCUGGAGGUGAGAGAGGAAGCUUCAAGAAGGUCUCCAUUGUGGAGAAUCAAAUGGAUGGAAAUUUGCGGCGGCUGCAGGAGAACAUUCUAGAAGAAAUAAGAAAUAGAUCUGCUUUUCCCCUUCGUAAGGUGGCCAAAGACACUCAACGACAACAGUUGUCUUCAGAUCCAAUCCACUCACGACAACGCUAUCCAUCAGGAGGACCGCCGAUGAACCCCCAGCAUCGCCAUUCUUCACUCAUCCGAACAAACUCCCUCUUCGAAGAGCCUCAGAUCAGUUUGAGUGACUCCAAUUCAUUCCCCCUUCCAUCGCCUCCUCUGCCUUCUCCACCACCUCAGGACCUUUUACCUAGUCAUGUUCAACCUGUCCUCGAUCAAUCCAAUUACCCUAAAACCUCGGAGAGGACUGGCCAGUCAUAUUCAAGCCUCAAAAAUAUCGUCCGCUUCCACGAAAACAGUCUAGAACAGGGUAACCAGGAGCAGUCUGUGUACAGACCACCCAACCUACGGUGUCAUGCUCCCGCCAGAGGGAUCAUAUUACGAUCCCAGAGUAUGUUGCACCCCUGUCUACCAAUCAAAACUCCUUGUGAUCCAGAAGAAGGUGCUGACAUCACCAAUAGGCCACCUUCUCCACCACUGAAAUACAGCCCUACUGAGGGCAACUUUAGGUCCAGCUUCGUUCGACAGCCUAGUUUAGUAAUCCCUAAGAAGGGAUCUGCACAUGACAUCUCUCCUCCCGGUAGUGAUGUUGAUGAAGCCAUUAGUAAAGCGGAAAAUCGAAGAAAGCAAGUGGAAAUGAGAUCCAUGACACUGCAACGAAUUCGAAAGCCCUCUGGAGGACGACUGAUCAAUCUACAGGAUCCACCCUCACCCCUGACCUACUUUCGUCCAUAUCCUCAACCAUCAGUAGUGAAGUACUGUGUCACAUCUAAUCAACAAGUGGAGGAGGGAAGAAAUAAUAAGAAUGAGGAGGUUUCACGUCCUCCACAGAUUCGAGAACCACCCAAAAUUCUUGCCACACGUGGAGUAACACCCUUUCGACGACUAUCACGAAUUUCUGCUUCAUCAUCGUCUUCCACUUCUCCUGAUGCUGCCGUUCCAGCAGAUGGUUCUUCGUCAAUUGAUGAAGAUGGGCCAGGUGGCCAGCGUGGAAAGUGGGUAUUUCCAACGCGUAGAAGCAUCUAUGCUGAGGGAGGCCAGCAAGCACAACAUGAAUUGCGAAAUAGUCAACGCAAAAGGGAGACAUCUGCAAUGCCAGACAGUGAGAAGAAGCCGCCGCAUCAUUACACCGGUCCAGGAAUGUUCAGAGGUCUUUCGCCUAGAUUGCCGGCACAACUGGAGCGCCCACCAGGUGAUCAGAUUCCAAUGAGUCCACCACAUUCACAGCAAGUGUACUCCGUUGGGAGUGAGGUGCCGAUACAUGCCUUGGAAAGGCAAGCGGAAGUUGCCUCCACAGCAUCGACCUCGACUCGAAAUUGUCUCGGUUGGGGUGAUUUUCGCCAUGAAUUGAAUCUGUGUCUGGCGUGUCCUGCAUUCGUCAGAUUAAAACGGUCGGCCGGUAGUAAUAAUGAGAAUCUCCAUGCCUCCGUGAUUGGCUACUGGUUGUGUGGAUGGCAGCUUGUGCCACCCGCGCUACUUGUCACCCUGUCCUAG